GUAUCAAAUAAUUCUCUUCCCUUUACACGUAAGGCUAGCUAAAUCUCAUAUAUAAUAAAUAUGUGGAUGGUGAGUAAAAGCAAACCAAGAAAAUCAGAGAUGAGAGAACCAUCAAUAAUGGCGUAUCUCCCACUGUCAAGAGCCGCGCUCCUUCUUCUGUCUCUUUAUCUUCUUGGUCAUCAUGCCGUUUCAUCUACAACGACGUCGGGCGCCAGCAGUGUGCCGGCCACUACAUUCGGCGACGAUGUCCCGCCGGCCAACCGUUCAAGUUUCCCGGCGGGCUUCCUCUUCGGGUCGGCGUCCGCUUCUUACCAGGUUGAAGGCGCGGUAGCUGAAGGUGGGAAAGGACCUACCAAUUGGGAUGUUUAUACUGCCAAAUAUCCAGAGAGGAUAGCCGAUCGUAGCAACGGGAACGUGGCCGUCGAUGGGUAUCAUCGUUACAAGGAAGACAUUGCAAUCAUGAAGAGUUUAGGGUUUAAUUCCUAUAGAUUUUCAAUCUCAUGGGCUCGAAUAUUACCGAAUGGGACGAUUGGUCGAGGUGUGAAUAAAGAAGGGAUCACAUAUUACAACAAUUUUAUCAACGAGCUCCUGGCUAAUGGCAUUAAACCUUUUGUAACCAUUUUUCACUUCGACCUCCCUGAAGCCUUGGAAAAACAAUAUGCCGGAUUCCUUAGCCGUAAAAUUGUGAAAGAUUUCGUUGCAUAUGCGGAUCUUUGUUUCAAGCACUUUGGAGACCGAGUUCAACACUGGGUCACAAUCAACGAGCCUCUGUCGCUCGCUUUGUUUGGCUAUGCCCAGGGGACGUUGGCGCCUGGCCGAUGCUCGAAAUGGAUGAACUUGAACUGCACUGGAGGAGACUCAGCCACCGAGCCAUACAUAGUCGGGCACCACCUCCUUCUUUCUCAUGCCGCCACCGUCAAAUUGUACAGAGAGAAAUAUCUAGCAACACAAAAGGGCAAGAUCGGCACUGCCCAAGUGAUACAGUGGCUUCUUCCUCUCUCCGAUUCUAAGAAAGAUCACGAAGCUAGGCAACGGAGAAUAGAUUUCACGCUUGGAUGGUUUCAGGACCCAUUGGCCACCGGAGACUAUCCGCCGUCGAUGAGAGCUAAUGUGGGGAAACGAUUGCCCAGAUUCUCGAAAGAGGAAGCCAAGAUGUUGAAAGGCUCUGCCGAUUUCGUGGGGUUGAACUACUAUACAUCUUACUACGUUUUCAAUGACCCUCCUCCUUCUAAUGCUCUCAAGAGCGCUACGACGGAUUCUCAUACCAAUUUUUCACCCACGAAGAAUAAUGUCGACAUCGGGCCAAAGGCAGGGAUAAUUUGGCAGUACAUUUACCCCAAAGGUAUUCGAGAUGUUGUUCUCUAUGCAACAAAGAAGUACAAUAACACGCCUAUUUACAUCACCGAAAAUGGCAUGGGGGAGGUCAAUAAUGAUACCUUAAGCAUCAAGGAAGCUCUUAACGAUACCCUGAGAGUCUUUUUCUAUCGUGAGCAUAUAGCAUAUCUCAACAGUGCAAUCAAGGAUGGUGCAAAUGUGAAAGGGCAUUUUGCUUGGUCAAUAAUGGACAAUUUUGAAUGGGCGGAGGGCUAUACUAUUCGAUUCGGUAUCAAUUUUGUGGACUACAAAAACGGGCUAAAAAGAUAUCCUAAACAAUCCGCCGUAUGGUACCGUAACUUCUUCAAGAAUUAGUCAUGAUCUAUCGACUUUCACAGUUGCUGUUCCUUUGUUUAACUUUUUUCCGAGAAGAUAUAUCCUACGAGAGAUAUGAGUAUGUUCCUUUUUCAAUAAAAUUAUCUAUCAAGUUUCGUUUAUCUUAAUACUCUCAUACUCUUGUCACUCACCUUAUAUAUAAUCUCUCAAUAGUACUUUUAGCAAUAAUGCAGUAUGUAUGUACAUAGCUUUUGUUGAAAAAUGUGUUCAUAAUCAUCU